AUGAAAUGUAGAAGAUUUUAUACUCUCCGCUACCGCAACUGUCUCGCAGGACUAGGCGGGGUUCUAGUCGGUGCCCUGGUUUUUGGAACGUAUCGUAUUCCCUUCGAUGACUUAGAGCGAUUUACUCGUUGUACUCGGGGGAGCUACGUUGCCGAAAAUCCAGGCGCUUGUCCAUACCCUGGCAGCGGAUCUGCUAGCAUAUUUUUUUAUGUACAGAUUCUGUGGAUUGGAACCUUUGGUCUGCUUGGGAUCUUACUGACCCUUUUCACGCCCACAUUCAGGCACACUCACACCAUAGUGUGGUGCGAGCAUUUCACUAAAUUCUCAAUCAACACAGCAAUUGGUUGUCUAGUUCACUUAUUGUUUGUCUUUCCUUUUAUCUCCAUUACUCCCGAAAAUGAAGAGGCGUACAAUGCUCUUCGCACCUUUGUGGUUUAUGGGUACUUCAUCUGGUAUAUUUAUAUCUUGGCCUAUGGACUAUUGCUUUUUAUGUCCAUAUUUGUCCUCGACUACCUCGAGGCAGACCAGGUAGCCGCAAAUAAUCGAGCAGUCGCUAGAGAGGAUGCUAUCACUUCAUACCAGAAGUUUUUCACUGAAUCUCUUCCCCCCACAGCACCUCCUAACGGGGACAUGUCGGAGAGGGUUCACCAGAUACACAUAAAGGUGGUCGGGGAGUCGGAUCACCGGCAGGUUCCGCCUGGAUAUUCAACAAAGAACUUCCUCAAUAAAAGCUACAAGAUGAGAUACAUUGGACUUGUAUUAACAACAUCGUUUUUUGUGUACGGUAUCUGCGUGGGAGUUGGGUAUGGAAAGGCUGCACCAGAGUGCUUCUGGCACCUUUCUGGAAAAACAACGUUCCAGUGCGUGCCUGUGGCCUCCUGGAUAUAUGGUGCCGUGUACGGGCUAGUAUGGUCUGGUACCUUUUAUGCUACGGUGUGUAGUAGAGCUAUACCCAAAGUUGGUCUUUUUGGAAAACGGAGUCUAUCGGUAGAUUAA